AUGCGGUCUCACUGUAGUUUCACGAAUGCUUACUUGUUGAAGAAGUUGGUCCAGCUGGUCGCAGUCUCGUCGCUGAAUGACGGCGAUCGGAAUCAAGGCGCCGAUGAUGAGCCCCACUCCGCCCCACACCCCCAGUCCCACCCAUUGCCGCCAACUCAGGGUUCACGCAGGAACGCCACUCGCAUCACAGCGUCUUCACCGCAGUAUAUGCCAAUAAUAAAUCGAGUCGAUCGGGGUGCAUUGAAUUUCGCUGGGGGGAUCGUCGAGGAAAUUCCGGAAGAUCCGCGGUUUUCUGCUGAAGACCUUUUUCAAGCCAUCGUGAAGCGCGAAAAUUUGGACUUGAUUAGAAAUUGUUCUGUUGCAUUGGAAGCUGACUUCGGAAAGCUUUCCGUUCAAAGAGACGAAGGGAUCGUCCAACAAUACGAUGCUUUUUCGAAAGCUUGUGGCUUAGCCGAGGAUUAUCUCAGGAACUACGAUGCCAUUCAGUCAUCGCUCGAGACACUGCUUAAGCGCAUCAACACGGCUUUAAAUACCGAAAAUGAAGGAAUAUCCGAUUCAAAUCAAUCCAAGUUCAUCGCUUUGAAUACAAUACAAAAGGAAAUCGGUGAUCUCGAGGCGGCCAAAUCAUUACCCGGGAUCGUAUCCCGAGCGAUUUCUCGCGGGGAUGUCGACAAAGCCGUGAGUGAAUUCCUUCUCGGACGAAAGCACGGAAUGAUGUUAUUCGGAAGUGCUAGAAUUUUCGGAAAAGGUUCGACUUCCGAGUGGAAUCGGGAUUUUCGGGGCGAAUUGGAAGCGGAAUUGAGUGCGUGCGAAAACUCGACGACUAGUGAAAAGCUGGAUUUAUGGCGCGAAAUUCAGUUUUCCGGUGAAGUGUUGAAAACGUGGCUGAGAACUCGGUGCUUGAAUGACGAUGCGAGUCCGGAAGACCUGAUGAAGUGGCUCAAGUGUUUGGAGAAGCUGGGUGAACCGCACUCGGAUUUGUGCCGAUUGUUUUUGAGUCAAUUCGGGAAACAUUUGGGAUCUAGUGUCGAGUGCGUGGAAGCGGCGGAAAUGGAUGAGCAGCAUUUCAAGUGGCUGCCGUUUGAUCGCAGCGCGGGAUUCGGAGAGUUUGUGCAAAAUUCAACGCGCACUUUCUUGAAUAAUGUGCACGAAAUGAUGAGGUUUUUUGAGAGUACGUUUGUCCUGGUGACCCAGGAACGGUAUCAAAUGUUUGCUUUUUGCGAAGAUACUCUGAAUCGUCUGCUGAAUUGCGCUGAAAGUUUCGCCGAGUGCGAAGUGAAGCACAAGCGACUGGAAUCCUUGGCUACUCAUUACAAUUGCCUUUACCAGCAAAUAACAUCAGUUCUGCCUGGGUCUCAUUGUGUCAAGAGGCUCAUGGAACAAGUCCUUCGCAUCUCUGACCUCUGCUGCAUAACUCAGCUGGACGCAAUCCAAUUCCACUUGGACUCGCAAAUUAACCGCAUAAAACACCAGCUGGACGUGAUCCUCUUGCAAAUCCCCGAUGAGGAAUCCAAGCCCAGACUAAGAGACAAAAUCAACGCGUUGCUCAAGAGUCUCGUGUACGCACUGGAAGGCCAGUGGCGGGUUUCUUUGGACCCUUUGCAGGCCUUUCUCGGACCCGGGGUUUCCUUUGCUUCGCCGAAAACCGGGUUCUGUGCCCGCUUCAAGAAAUGCGUCCUUCAGCGCAUGGGUUACGAGUAUUUGAAGCGGUUUUGGUCGAAUGUGGACAAGUUGUGCGACGGUGACGACGACGACGUGCCUCCGGUGAUGCUGUUGGUGUUUUAUCGCGUGUGUCGCGAGUAUGAACGGUGUCUCGUGCCCUACAUGUUCACCACGAUGGUGGAUAAAUUCCAAAACCCCUUUUCCGUCACUGAUUCCGAAGACGAUGCAGAAACGAAGAGCGGAGAGAAAACUCCGCCAACCCCACCAACGAUGGACGUGAACGUUUGUGAAACGAUGAUCGAAAUGGGCAGGAAAUUAGUUGAUAGGUUCGCAUUCCUUCAAGGCGUGGCUUUGGGAAAAAUUGCCAGCGCUGGGUUUGCUUCCAUGGGUCGGCAAAUGAAAUCUGGUGGCGUGAAACACGUGGUUGUUGAUCUGGGCGUGACGGAUUUUUACGUUGACGUGCUUUUGUUGCCUGAUGAGUCGGACCCUGUUGUCCGACAAACGCCGAAUGCGAGGACUUACAUUCAUUUCGGAAUUCUUCCCCCGGCAUCAGCCUCUGUGCUGCAACUCGCUUCCGGUGCCAGUACCCCGCCAAUCUCUUCGCCAAAUGACGUUGCUUCCGAAAAGCAACUCGUUCAACGAUUGAAUCGCUUGUUUGUCGACUGUCCCGAAUUUUAUUCCCGCGUUCAUCCCCGUCGGGACAGCGUGAUGACGUUGAUCAUUUGCAUAAUGACCAAGGCCCUGGGCGAAUCUGUGCGAUUGUGUACCUUCUCUGCAGAGGCAUUGAAGCAAUUGCAGACUGACGCCUAUUUCUUGGCCCUGCGUGGGGCCAAAUUCGUGACUGACGAGCAUCUGUUGUACACCUUGUUGGACGAGGUUCUGGGCAGUGCUGUUGCCGCCGAAGUGGCGGCCAAUGUGGCGGCUGUUGAUGAAAAUGGCGGAAUUGCCUUGGAGGACCUGGAGGCAAUCCUUAGAAUGAAUACCACAUUGAUUUCGAGAAUUCUGAGGGGAAAGCUGGGCUAA